CUAUUCUUGAAGAUCAAUUGCUGAUGCAACAAUCAUCCGAGCUGUCGCUAGUACCGUCCAUGCGCCGGCGUGGGUCGCGUGAGAACGAGCGAAUUUUCGCCAAUGUACAGGUCCAAGUGCAUGUCGAACCGCCAAUGCGCCGCAAGAAGCGAUCCCUUACGGUGAACAUUGAAGUCGACGAUUUGUCCGCAACCUCGGACGCGGAGGACGCAUGGUGGAAGGUCGAGUACACGUUGCCACCGUCAGGGCACUUAGGUGCACAUCAAACGAUCCAACCAAAGAGCAAAGAUGACGAAGCAUGUCAUCGCGCGUUGUUUGAGUCCACGCACAGCGGCAUUUCCAUCGGUUCGAGCGCGAUCUCGAUAGCUGUACCAGCAACUACCUGCAGUGCUGCAAGCGACGAGUACGCUCCCGCGUACCCGUCCAAGAAGCGACGAUUGUCCCCAGAUCAUGCCCACGGGAAGACAUCGUCGGAUCAGCGGCCGCGGCGCCACCACUUCCAGCGCAUGAUCGAAACCCUCGAGCCGGAAGAUUGCAACAUUCUAUUUUACACGAUGUGAAAGACUUACACUAUUUUAUGAUGGAUCGUAAUACUGUACGAAAAGACUAUUAAUAUGAAGUACUGCA